AUGGCUACCAGAGUUUACAUCGGUCGUCUUCCAAGGGAUGCCCGUGAACGGGACGUUGAGAAACUGUUUCGGGGCUAUGGAAAUAUCAGGGAGAUUAAACUCAUGAAUGGCUUUGGUUUUGUGGAGUUCCGUGAUCAUCGUGACGCCGACGAUGUUGUAUAUACCUUCAACGGCAAGACCUUUUUGGGUGAGAAAUUGAUUGUCGAAUAUGCUCGUGGCGAGCGACGACGUCGUGAUCGGGAUGACCGUAGAGACAGAGACAGGGACGAUCGCAAAUACAAGGAUAAGGAUAGGGAUGAUCGUCGCCGGGACGACCGCGACCGCGAUCGUGGUGGGAGGCAUGUUGCACCAGUCCUGGAACAUCGGUUUGCUCCGCCUCAGAGAAAUCCGCAGUACCGGUUGAUUGUCGAGAACUUAUCCUCAAGCUGUAGCUGGCAGGAUUUGAAGGAUUUGAUGCGCAAGGCAGGCGAUGUCACAUUUGCUGAUUGUCAUAAAGACCGCGAAGGAGAAGGUGUUGUUGAAUUCUCCUCAUAUGACGACAUGAAGGCAGCGUUAAGGAAGUUUGAUGACACUGAACUCAAAGGGAAACAUAUUCUUCUGCGAGAGGCGCCUGAUAACGACACUGAACGCGAUCGUCGUGGACGUCGAUCUCGAUCUCGAUCUCGAUCGCCAGUUCGUCGUAAUAGUCGUCGCUCAUUAUCUCGAUCUCCUCAUCGUGGCCAUCGUCACUCUCGUAGUAGGUCAAAGUCAGGAGGUCCCAAUGGAAAGGAACGCGAUUCCCGAUCGUCGUCUCCUAGACAUACCCGUGAAGAGUCCCCUAGUCCGAAGAGAAGUCGAUCCAGAAGCAGUGACGGCAAUCGCGAAGAUGACAAGUGA